AAAUUGAGACGUUCACGUACUACGUAGGUAAUCGGUGUUUGUUUGGCGUUGUUCUCUUCUCUUGUUUCUCUACAAACAAAAAAAUGGCUUUCUCUGCAAUUUCUAUGCACUGCUCUCCCCAAUUUCUUCGCGUUCUUCCUCAAUCUCAUACUUCCAUCUCCUCACGAUUUUCAACUCCAUCUCUCAAUCGCCGUUUUACUCCUAAACCUCUUUCAAUUCGAUCACUUUCCGCUCCUGCUGCUUCUGCUGCACCUGCAUCUGGGGCUGUGGCACCUGCAAUUUCGCUUACAGAUAAUGCACUGAAUCACUUGAAUAAGAUGAGGUCUGAACGGAGUCAAGAUUUGUGUUUAAGAAUAGGUGUCAAACAGGGUGGAUGCUCUGGUAUGUCAUACACAAUGGAUUUUGAGGACAGGGCUAAUGCAAGGCCAGAUGACUCCAUCAUUGAAUACAAAGGUUUUGUGAUUGUUUGUGAUCCUAAGAGCCUACUAUUCGUAUUUGGCAUGCAAUUAGACUAUAGUGAUGCUCUGAUUGGGGGAGGCUUUAAUUUCAAGAACCCUAAUGCGACACAAACCUGUGGAUGUGGUAAAUCCUUUAAUGCAGAGAUGUAAAAUCAUGUUUAUAGACAGUAGUUACAAUACUAAGGUAAAUGUUUCAAGCAAUACAUGGACUAAUUAUAGGAUUGUAUUACCAACUAUUACAUUAUAAUAGUAAUUGUCAAGAAAAAAAUUAUGGAAUUUGUUUGUUAUUCCUAUUUCUGUUGA